AUCAUCCACCGGAUUUCGCCAUUUUUAUCGUACAGUGAAAGGAGAUUUAUAUAUUUUGUCAGGCUGGAGGACGAAGAAUAUUUUGUGAAAAGUGUGUCAUUAUAUUUCCUCUUUUGUAGUGAGAACUGUUUUUGAGAAACAUCUUAGUAUAAUAGUGUGGUUUUGUUUAUUACUAACGUUUGUAUGUAGUGCUACUUCCCUUUCGUACGGCUGCUCAUUGGUGUGUCGCUAAGCUAAUUCAAUGGCUAUGAUAUUGAAAUUUUAAUCGGUCGGGUCACUUUACGUGCUCCGUGAAAAAUAUAAAGAAGAAAAGGAGGACGCGGUAGAGAUGAGCAGGCCUCAAGGCGGACGCAUCCAAGUCCCUGAUGACCUUAGAGAAAUCCUAUUGGAAUUUACUAUAAGUUACCUGUUGGAGCAACCAGGAGAUGUUAUCAACUACGCGGUCGAGUUUUUCACUAGGUUACAAAACAACCGGACCACAACCAUAGUUCGUGGCCCGUCGGCUGGCACACCCGAUGAGUCCAUAAUUUCAGACGAAGAAGAGCCGCCGGUGGCGCGCUUCAACAACCGCCGCAAGUCUGUGUUCGCGGAGACCUACGACCCGGAGGAGGAUGACUCCGAUGAGGGCGCUCCGGCCGUUUUCCCCAAAUCGGAUGCUCAAAGGGCGCGUCUCGCUGAGGCGGUGCGGGGGAUACUACUCUUCCGCUCGCUCGACGCUCAGCAGAUGCAACAGGUGUUGGACGCCAUGUUCGAAAAACGCUCGGAGCCGGGCGAAUAUGUCAUCCGCCAGGGCGACGACGGCGAUAACUUCUAUGUGAUCGAGAAUGGCAUGUUCGACGUGCUCGUCACCGGCGAUGAUGGCGUUGAGAAGGUGGUGCACACAUACGAGGGCUCCGGCUCGUUCGGCGAACUAGCCCUCAUGUACAACAUGCCCCGUGCGGCCUCGGUGCGCGCUCAGAGCCCGGGCGCGCUGUGGGCCAUGGACCGCCACACGUUCCGCCGGAUCCUACUCAAGAGCGCGUUCAAGAAGCGCAAGCUGUACGAGGAGCUCUUGGACAAGGUGCCGAUGCUGAAGGCUCUCCAGCCGUACGAGCGCGCGAACCUGGCGGACGCGCUGCUGCCGCGCACGCUGAUCGACGGCGAGCUGAUCAUACGGCAGGGCGACUCGGCGGACGGCAUGUACUUCGUGGAGGACGGCUCCGUCAGCAUCCGCAUCGCGCGCGACGACGGCAACGAGCACGAGAUCAAGCGGCUCGGCAAGGGAGACUACUUCGGCGAGCUGGCUCUGGUCACCCACAAGCCGCGCGCCGCCUCUGUGUACGCUAUCGGCGCUACAAAAGUCGCAUUCCUCGACGUGGAGACGUUCGAGCGGCUGCUGGGCCCGUGCAUGGAGAUAAUGAAGCGCAACAUCGAUGACUACGAGGAGCAGCUCGUGAAGCUGUUCGGCGACAAGAGCAACCUCACCGACGUGCGAUGAACGCCGCGCCCGCGCGCCCCCCGUACCGUAAUCCGCGUCUCUACACCCCCCCUAGUUGUCUGCGGCUAAUUACUCUGUAUUCUCAUUAGUCUGUGCUUUCAAACGUCACACGUUCCAAAUUUGUCUGUGGCCAGACGCCGCGCAUUCGUUAUCUGUGCUCAUGUCAAACGUCAUUGUCAACGAUUUUAUUUUUAAACGGCGGGAGUUUCGUCCCCGAAUUAGAUCUCGUUUUGUUUAUUGUGUUCUGUGAAUUAGAAUUUCCCGGGGUACAGUAUUAUUAUUUUUUUUUAUUUUUGAUGUAUCAUUACCGAAAAUCGAUUGUAUUUUGCAAAUCUAAGUUGGCGUUGUUAUUUUUUAGUUCUGCUUGACUAAUAAUAAUUACAUUUCAUAAAUAAAUCGGACAGUCACAGUGCCAUGUUAUUGAACAGUUUUUUUAGAUUACGUGUGGGAGGGGAGUUGAAAAUUCAAAACACGUCAAAUAGUACUGUGUUGGAAUGAAAAUACGCUUAUUUUAGAUAGAUAAUGCCUUAGUAGAUGUAAAUAUACAUUCACAUAUAAUUAACGUUUUGGCAACUAUAAAAAUGUGUAUCUUUAUAUUUAAAUAAUUUUUUUUUAUUGUGUGCCAUAACUUAAACAAAUGAUUUAAUUCAAUAUUUACAGAAAGUACAAAUUUUUAUGUGAUUGCUUAUUUAUUACGACAGAAAGCUUUUUAAACUCUUAUUCUUGUGUAUCUCCUUGCGUUGCACUUUUAUACUUGCCGAAACGUAAUGAAUUUCAUCAUUCUAUUUACAAUUAAAUAAUCGAAAGGCAUUAAAUCCUCUAAAUAUAUAAAAAAUUGUUUUAGUAGAUGUCUGCGCAAUACUAUUUGACGGUAAAUAUUAGGUAACCGUUAAUGCUAUCGCCAUUUCUACUAUAAGACAUUUUACACUGACACGGGCUUUUCGUAAUGAUACAAAAUUACCUAAUGGAGGUAUAAAUAUGAGGUAGAUUUAAUAUGUGAUCAGAUUUAAUCUUUUCACCGAAACUAAUUUUAUUUAUUUAUUGUAAUCAAUUUUAAUUAAAUGAUUCUAUGAAAAUUUUAUGUAUAUUGAGAGUUAUUGCAAUCAGAUAAAUGCCAAAUUAAAUAGUAAUCGCUGUUUGAAUUAAAAAUCAUACCAUCUCUAUCAUAUUCUUGACGUCAAUGCGAUGUUAAGAGUGUAAUGGUAUGAUUUUUGGUUUUAUAAUUUAAUACUUUAGUUUUAAACAUGUGCUAUAAAGUGUUGCAAUUUAUUGCGAUUUGCGAAUUUAUGUUGUUGCGGUGUUUUGAACUCGUAAAUAAAGAUGGAAAGAUUUCAUCUCAUAUACCCGUUUUGAGGAAAUGUGAAGUAAGCAAAAAAAUUACACUUUUGUAAAAAUUUCAUCUUUAUUUACAAGAAACACUCGAAUGUAUUUUAUAACAUGUUUUAUGUGUUGUCGCUUCAAUAUAUUUAUAUUUUGCUGAAUAUUUUUUAUUCAGGAGUUUUAUUUUUUUGUUAGGCAAGAGUUUGUUUUAUGUUGUAUUUGAAACAUUUACGUUGACCGCUUUAGUCUGUUGUAGAGAGUUCCUAAAUCGUAUAGUUUUGCUCUUAACAAUUUAUAGAUCUGAGUGUACUAAUAUUGAACAGGAGCCAAUCACAGACACUUUAUACUUUGUAUGAUUUUCUGUACCUAAGAGUACAAGUAAAAAAAAUUAAAUAAAAUAUUGGAUAAAUCUAUGAAUAAUAAUUGAACCUUCAGUAAGACAAUUGUCACCAUUUUGAGAGUUUGUCUCUUAGGUACAAAGCUAUUUGAUCUGCGUUUCCCUAAUUCUAGUAUUUGGGGCUUGUUAUGUAGCGAUAGGUUCGCUUAACUACCAGCUGUUCGCGGAUUACCCUCAGGUAUAACCCAGUAUUAAUUGAUUGAAAAACCUUGUGAAUCCAGCCAAAGUAGGUGAACGCAUAAAGAUCGUGUGUUUAAAUAUAUAAGUCUAUGUACUAUGUAGUAGUUAGUUUUUAUCACUUCUUAUUGUAAUUUAAAUAUUAUUAGAUUAGUAAAUUGAAUGGAGUGAUUAUCCUGAGGGUGUGUGUUACUGUUUACGCCGUGUACAUGUGUGUGUACCGACUUUUUGAGUUGCCAUAGAAGAUUGUAAUGUUUUAUUUCAUUUAUAUACAAAUUAUAAUGUUGUUUUACCUUUAUGUUUGUUGUUAUUCAGUUUUAAUUUUACACGUUAACCUUAACAUAGAUUUGUUUUGAAAUUAUUGAAUCAUGUUUCGUUUGCUUACAUUCCCUAGUUGCUUAAUAAUUUCUCUAUUUUGUUACAAUUGUUUGCGGUAGAGCUGCUUCAAGUGCCUGUUUGAGUAAAUCUUGAUACUUCAACUAACUGUCUUGUUGUCAAUGUUUUUACUCUAUAACUGCCUUCUGUAUGUGUGUUGUGAGGAGUGUGUAUUUUGCAAUGUUGAUUUAAAUUUAAAACGGAAUUAUAUAUGUGGUCACCAUGCUUGAUCCGACAUUUAAAAAAGUAUAAUAGCAUGUAUGAAAUUCCUUAGGUAAAUAAAUAUACUUUGAUACAGCUGCAUAAUUAGACAUAACCAUGAUUCCUACUUGUCGUAGCAUAGAUAAAAUGGUUAUAUGACAUUGUAAGCAACUUCAAGCAUGGUAGACCCUCGACUGGAAUAAUAAUCAGCACGACUGAUUUUACAUACUAUAUCAGAUUUAUUUAUACAUUCAAAUAUAUAGUGAAUAUUUAACUGCAUAUUAUAUAACUGUCAUUCGUCCGUUGAAACUUCUGGUGUGUGAUUUAUGUGAGAUGUUCCCUUCUAUAUGCAUUACUUGAUAUUUCUGUGUAUAUUAUUUACUAUUGUUGUACAGGUGAGGCGAAUGCGUCUAACCUAUAUUGUAUCUUUUUCCCUGAUGUAUUUAAAAGCCGUAGUUAAAAGUAUCAUGCAAUAAAUUAAUCAUUUAUGUCGUAUAUCAUAUUAAUACUUUGUCAUUGUGGACUUAUUUAUAGAAUAAAAUAGCGUAAGACCUAAUAAUACUUUCUCUUUAUAUACAGAUGUUAAACCCAAGUUUAUAGCAUGUGCAAAUGUGUUUGAUUCAUAGCAGUGUGUCAAGCGUGGAAGCACAAAUGUAUUAAGCGUAAGCGUGGUCAAGGAUUUCUGUUGUCUUCCAUCGGGACGCACAGAAUUUACUGCGAUUCGCUCCCGGUAUAUUCCCUUGGAGCAGAAUUUUUGGCAUUAUAAUGUAAAUUAAUCGAUACGCUUAUAUGUAGCGUAAUUUUUUAUAAAUUACUAGUCAUCGGUGUCUACUGUAGAUUAUAACCGAAGAGCACAUUUCAAUGAAACAUUUCAUAUUCACGUUAGAUGUAAGAUGCCAUACCUGUCCCAUACGAAGCAUAUCAGCGCGGUGACGCCGUUUCCUAAAUCUAAUGCACACUUACAUCUGAUAGCAAGUUGUGAACUAGUUCCGCUUUACCACGUCAUGAGCUUACCCUGUACAUUUAUAAAUUAUGUAUCGUAAAAUGUUAGAAACUGAAUUAUAUUUGUUUGUAGAUCUAA